AGAUUAGUAGAUCGCAUGCGUGAGCGUCUGUCAGGCUCCGCCAACAUGGAAGGAAAUGGAAGUUACCCUGUACGGGACUCGGUCAAGGAAUUGCUUCUGGAUGAAUGCUAUUCGGACUUCUUGAAAGAAGGGUUUGAUGUGAAGACCUAUACUGCUCAAUCCAUUCAUCAAGCAGUUAUAGUUGAACAAUUAGCAAAACUUGCCCAAGGAAUUAGUCAACUUGAUAAAGAACUUCAUAUACAGGUUGUUGCAAGACAUGAAAAUCUUCUCGCUCAAGCUACUGGCAUAGAGUCACUGGAAGGUGUCCUUCAGAUGAUGCAGACCCGGAUUGCUGCGCUUCAGAGCACUGUUGACAGGAUCAGAGGAAAAAUUGUUGAUCCCUAUAACAAGAUUGUUGCUCGUACAGCACAGUUGGCCAGAUUACAGGUAUACUAUUUUGAUGUACACCUGUACAUCAGUAAUGCACAUUAG